GCUGCCGAUCCUGCGAUAAAGGUGAUCCCACCCUGUAAACCAAGGCCACAUCCGUCGCAAAGCUCUGCUCCAUACGAGCCAACUCCUCCAAACAGCAACAAUAGCGGUCAUAUGCUUGUUGAUCCCAUUCCAAGACCGGAACAAGUUGGGUCGGUAAUCGGGCUCACGCAAUCCAACGAGGAUUCCCAUUUGAUCAACAAUUUUUCGCCUCCUUUGACCACGUCGAGCAGGUCUUCUGUGGCACUGGACGCUACACCGCCGCUCGCAAGUGGCGGCACCGCAGUCCUGGCCGUAAAGCAGGAACAUGCUUUGAAUGGACCAUCGACGAACAAUUUUAAUGCAUUGGUGAAUGCUGCCGUUGUUCAGGCCUCCGAGCUAACCAACCAUAACCGGAUAGGAGUGGCAUCUGGGUACGCGCCAGAUUCAAACGGGCAUCAGGAUGAAAAAGUGUUGGGCGAUCCGGCUGCUUUUUCAUCUGGUGCUCUUACGCCAAAUAAUGCCAAAGUUGCUGCC